CCUGCUCACCAUGUCCGACGUCUCGUACCUCAAGUCCCAGCUGGGCGUCCACGCCGGCUUCCCCAAGGAGGGGAUCACGUUCAUCGACAUCUUCCCCCUCCUCCGCGACCCGUUCACCUUCGAGAUGCUCAUCACCCACUUCUUGAGCCACAUCGCGCAGGUGCACCCCGGCGUGAAGCCGGACGUGAUCGUGGGCCUCGACGCGCGCGGCUUCCUCUUCGGCCCGAUCAUCGCCAUGCGCCUCGGCGCGGCGUUCGUGCCCGUCCGCAAGGUCGGCAAGCUCCCCGGAGAGUGCAAUGUCGCCGAGUACACCAAGGAGUACGGGGUCGACCGGUUCGAGAUGCAGAAGGACGCGAUCAAGCCCGGCCAGACGGUCAUCGUCGUCGACGACCUCAUCGCCACGGGCGGCUCGGCGGCGGCGGCGGGCGAGCUUAUCCGCAAGGCGGGCGGCAAGACGCUCGAGUACCUCUUCGUUGUGGGGCUGCCGUUCCUCCACGGCGCUGAUAAGCUUGACGCCCCGUCCUACUGGAUGGUUGAGGCCGAGGACUAGGUCCUCCACUUAGAUAAUAGAGUCUGGGAUAGAUAUCUUGGACAUUGAGACACGUGUAGCUGGCGUCAGUGGAAGCAGGGCGUAGCGCGCGCUUGUGAAACCCCAACCAAAGAUGGGUACGCAGACCGCAAAGGGUUCUCUAGCGUGAUGAACCAAGGAC